GUACAUCUCUACCACAACUUGGGCUGCUACCUUCACUUAAGGAGUUGUUUAUUCAAGGUAUGGAUGAGGUUGAAGUCAUCGGUUCGGAGUUGACAGGGACUACUGAAGUUUCCUUCCCUUCACUUGAACUUCUAAGGUUUGUAUCUAUGCCAAUAUGGGAGGUAUGGUCAACCAACAACGUGGUAGUGUUUCCAUGCCUUCAAGAGAUUCAUAUAGAAAAGUGUCCCAAAUUGAUUGACGUCUCACUGGAAGCAGUACCUUCAUUAAGGGUUUUACAAAUAGAUAGAUGUGGUGACGGUGUGUUGAGAAGUCUUGUUCGGGGAGCUUCAUCAAUCACCAUUUUAAAAAUAAGUUAUAUUUCAGGCCUUACUUAUGAGGUGUGGAGAGGUGUUAUAAACUAUCUUAGGGCAGUGGAAGAAGUAAGAAUCUAUGGGUGUCAUGAAAUAAGAUACUUUUGGGAAUCAGAAGUAGAGGCAAGUAAAGUUUUGGUGAAUUUAAAGAAGUUGAAUUUAGGUAAUUGUUCAAAUUUGGUGAGUUUAGGAGAGAAAGAGGAAGAUAAUUUUGGCAGCAACCACCCAUCAUCUCUUAGAAUUUUGGAGAUAUCAUAUUGUAACAGCAUGGAGAAUUGCCAUUGUCCAAAUAGCAUUGAGAAUUUGCGUAUAUCUGGGUGUAGUUCGCUUACAUGUGUCUCCUUCCCAACAACAACAGGAGGAGGGCAGAAUCUUAAGAACCUUGAUAUACAAAAUUGUGACAAGCUAAUGGAAAAUAUAAAUAACACAAGCAUGCCUAUGCUUGAAACUUUAUUGAUUUUGAAUUGGACAAAUCUGAAAUCAGUUGUUCAUUUGAGUAACUUCCUUCACCUAACCAACUUGUAUAUACUUCAUUGUCCGAGUAUUGAAUCAUUUCCUGACCUUCAACUAUCGAACCUCACCAAUUUGAAGAUAGAAGACUGUCAAAAGAUGGAGUCAUUUCCUGACCUCAGAGUAUCGAAUCUCACCUCGUUAAGCGUAAAAAAUUGUCCAAUACUUGAUGUUUCCUUUCCUCAUGGGAACUGGCCUCCCAAAUUGGUUUUUCUUCGCAUGGGGGGGUUGAAAAAGCCUAUCACGGAGUGGGGCCCUCAGAAUUAUCCAACUUCGCUUGUUAACCUACAGUUAUAUGGCGAACAUCUGCCGAAUAUUCGUUGAUGUGGACAACCGAGUACAGUGGAAGGUAUCAAGCAACAAAUUUUCAUCAAAUGGAUUCAGGCUAAAGAAUGGUUAACCUUUAAAUAGGGCAAUUCAUGGACUUGGUGAACACAAAGUUCUCGGUUAUUAUAGUUACUCGUUUGGGCUUUCGGGCUGUUGUGGGACGCAGGAUUUCUUAAAGAAACAUGGGGUAGCUGUUAUGACUCUCCACAAGUUGUUUGAAUUUGUUGUUGACCAGUCUAUCAAUGAGGAUUCUGUGGACAGUCAUUUGCAGGAGGUACAUUAUAGUUAUUGUUAUCACCAUUAUGUAUUAUUGGUUUACAUUUUAAUGAGUUAUUUUACAUUAUUAAGCAACUAUAAAAAUUCAGAUUCAAAAGAAAGUUUUGGGCCGGGGAGAUGAGAUUUCUGCAGAGGAUGAUAUAGCAGAUGUUGUUUUCAUUCAGGUGAAAAGUGUUUGUCAGUUAAACUGGCUUGAUGAUGAUGAAUCUUCUUCAGAUAAUGAGAAACCGACGUGUUGGAUAAAAAGGGGCGAGAGAAGUGAACAAAGAGAAAGGCCCGGUUUGUUUGCAUCUGAAU